UCCCGCGUCCUCCUCCCCUCUGGCCCUCUCUCUCCCAUCGGAUCCGAGACCCACGCGAAAAACCCGGGCCGGGAAAAAUCGCGAGGAAAGAGAACGCCCGGAAGGGAAACACAAGCUCGGGCUCGAGACGAAACCCUAACCCUAGCUCCGCCACGCCUCCCCAGCCGGAGGCUACCCCGAAGACCCCGCCGCCGCCGGGGGACUCCGGCGGCGAUGCGCCCCUUCCAGGACAAGGCGGUAUGAGCGGGGAAAUGGCCCGCGCCGAGGUCUCGCCCGAGGGGGCGGCCCCCGGCUUCGGGGCCGACCUGUACGCCCAGGCAACCAAGGCUCUGGCCCUGCGGACGCCGUUCGAGGGUGAAGAGGCGGCAUCCAGGGUUCCCACGCUGCCCGCGAGGCUCGUGAGCUGGGCAGGGCCGGGGGACGCCCGGAAGAAGCACAAGAAGAUUCAGCUCCCCCCGCCGGACGAUGCUGCUGUCGAGCCUCCACCGCGGCCAGCUGCAAAGGUUGGCUUGUGGGAGCAGUUUGAGGCCUAUUUCCGUCCAGUAACAUUGGCUGAUGUCGAAAUGUUAAAACCAAAGCUCCCAUUCGGCUACAACAACCUCGACUCAUGUAUGCUAAUACCAUUUCUGGGCAGUGGCAAGGAAUUGGUAAACCAAGCCGAGACAUAUGACGUGGCUGUCGCUGAAACAAGCUCGUAUCUGGGUGUGGGCGGUGCAGAGGUGGUCAGUAACAGAGAGCGUGGUGAGCAAAGUGUGCAUCUCCUUAGCCAGAAAGAGAAAAGGGAUCAAAGUGUGGAUCCAGACAUACAUGAUGUGGUCGUGCAACAGAUGGUCAGUGACAAAGACCUCAGUAGGCGAAGCAGAGUGUCUGUACAACCGGGAGAACGGCCAUUUGAAGUGGAUCAAGCUGGGAGGAAUGGCAUUGUGUCAGCACAAUGUGUUGAAGAGGAAGAAAGUUCACUUAAUUGGUUGUUAGGAGCAACAGGCCGGUUUGUCCUCACUUCGGAGCGACCCAACAAGAAGAGAAAGCUUUUGGGUGUGGAUGCUGGGUUAGAACAGCUUGUUCUGCUUCCACGCUUGGGAGCUGAGAAGUCUUCAAGCUGUGAUGUUUGUUGUCUUGGAGAGAGUUCCAUGGACUCCAAUAGGAUAGUUAACUGCAGCAACUGCAAGGUGUCGGUGCACCAGAAGUGCUAUGGUUUGCGUGUUGUGCCUGAUGGGCAAUGGCUGUGUGCUUGGUGUACAUAUUUGGAGUCGAAUAAAGAUUCUGGCAGCACCCAAUCGACGCCUUGUGUUUUAUGUCCAAAGGAGAAAGGGGCUCUUAAACCUAUUGAAGUGGAGCCUACUCAAAAUGCAGAUGUUAGCCACCUGAAAUUUGUGCACUUGUUUUGUAGUCUCUGGGCGCCAGAGGUUUUUGUGGAGGACAUGGAGUCAAUGGAACCUGUAACUAAUCUCGAUAGCGUCCUAGAGAAUCGAAUGAAGUUGACAUGCAGUAUUUGCAAGAUUAAGCAUGGAGCAUGUGUUCGAUGUAGUCAUGGGACAUGUCGGGCGGCUUUUCAUCCUAUAUGCGCAAGAGAGUCAAAGCAUCAAAUGGAGAUAUGGGGAAAAUCUAAACACUCUAAUGUUGAAUUGAGAGCAUUUUGCUCAAAGCAUUCCGCAGUUGGAUACACCAGCUUAGUCAAGAACAGUAACCAUGCUUCUGAACAGAGUCCUACAGAAUCUCGCCCAAAUACUACAAACCUCAUCACCGGAAAAAUUCCAAAACUAAGAUUCACACGCAAAAACAAGGACAAAUUCAUGAACAGUGAAACCAGUGCCUCUAGCUCUGGUAACCUGAUCAGGGUCGAGACUAUAGAGCAAGAUACUUUGGCUUAUACAGUUAGAAAUGCAAAUGCUCAACCAAUUCGAAGCUGGGAAACAGAUACUGGGCAUCCAUCUGGUGGUGGGGAUCGUAUGAGAAGUUCUGGUGAUAUUGCUGUAGUGCUUAGAAAGCUAAUUGACAGUGGAAAGGUUAGUGUUGGUGAUAUAGCAUCUGAAGUGGGUAUUUCUUCGGAAUCCUUGGAAGCUGCUCUCGUGGGUGAAACUACCACAUUUUCCCAUGGUUUGAUGCUAAAAAUUAUCAAGUGGCUCCAAAAUUCUGUGCAUAUGCAUACUAUUCGAGGAAAUGCUCGAAAAGGGAACUCGGUGGUGCUGCAAGAUAACAAUUCAGAUGGGUCUGAUACCACAGAUACCGUUGAUACAAAAAUUCCAUUGGUCCCAGCUGAUGAUAAAGAACCAUUUGUUGAUAUGUCGGAUUCUGCUGUAACUGAGCCCACACUGACACGAUCUAAAAGUAACAGUAAGAUUCUGGAAGGAGAUAAUACAACAUGUGCAACUGGUGUGACUAUUUUACAAAAUGGAAACAAGAAUAUGGUUAAAGAGGGGGUUGAUCUUGAGUGUUCUCCUGCUAAAGAAUUUGCAAAAGAAUCUACUCGAGAGUUCUCCCCAAUUGGCAGCAAUGGUGUUUCAAAGGAAGAAAAGGGAAAAUUGAUACUGAACAACACAUGUGGAAAUAAAGAAUUUGGUACUUCCAUGGAGAUGCCAAAUGAAAAUCGAGGUGUACUACUUGGAAGGAAAAGUGAUAAUUUAAUUGAGGCUGGACUUGGCUCAGACUCGAAGGAAGGAGUAUCUUCACUUGAUCAUUAUUUUUCUCAGGGUGAUCAUGCUAGAGAUGGCGAAAAUUCAAUUGAAAACAGCUCUGUCACUCCUCGUGAUUGUGAUUCAAGCUGCUCUCAUGGACAGCCAUUUUUCAACUUUGAUGAUUCACAUUCUUAUAUUCAUCCCUUCAUUAAGAAAAAGAUAUCUCAUCAUUGGGACAUUACUUUCAAUCAGAACAAGGAAGCUCUGGAUCAUCAUGAAGAACAUUCGUGUCCUCACGAGAAACUACCUGUCGAUUCCUUUGAAGAACAUGAGGAUGCAACAGAUACAACUACAUCAGAUCAAGUUUUGAAAGCAAAAUCCAUGAGAGUUCUCGAGCAUGCACCUGAUGAUGAAGUAGAAGGAGAGAUGGUAUACCUACAAGCUAGGCUGCUUGACAAUGCUGUUGUUCUGAAGCACAGAUGCGAAAAAUUGAUAGCAAAGGUUGUACAGAAUCUUUCUCGUGAGCUGGAUGCAUUCAGUAGAAGAAAAUGGGACCUUAUUUUUGUGAAUCAGUUUCUUCGUGAUGUUAGAGAAGCUAAGAAACGUGGGAGAAAAGAAAAGAGACAUAAGGAAGCCCAAGCUGUACUAGCUGCAGCUGCAGCUGCUGUUGCAUCCUCUUCACGGAAUUCAAUCAUGAGAAAAGAUGCAAAGGAAGAUGCAGCUCCUGCUAAUCAAGAGAAUUCUCCAAAACUUGUUGCUGGAUCUUCAAGAGUUGGGCAACGGACUAAAGAUUCAUUAAAGUCAUCCAACAGCAAAGUACAACCAGAUAACAAAUUUGGCAGUUUUCAUAUGCCAAUCUCCUCAAACGAAAAUGAACUCUAUUGUGAUGUAUGCAUGCGAACUGAGACUGUCUUGAACCGAAUAUUCAUCUGCUCCAGAUGCAAGGCUGCUGUGCACAUAGAUUGCUACAGAAAUAUGGAGAAUUCUAUUGGCCCCUGGAAAUGUGAACUUUGUGAAGAUCAAGAUAUUUCUUUAGAAACCUCAACUGCUAGUGAUAAAUCAGAUUGUAAUGGCAAAAAAUUACACUUUGCACGGUGUGGUAUGUGUCAUGGCACAUCAGGUGCUUUUAGAAAAACUGCAGAUGGGCAGUGGGUUCAUGCUUUUUGUGCUGAGUGGUUGUUGGACACCAAGUACGUAAGGGGACAAGAAAAUCCUGUGGAAGGAAUGGAAAGCCUUGUAGAGGGAAAAGAUACUUGUUGUCUCUGCCUCCGCAAAGCUGGCAUGUGCUUAAGGUGUAGUAGUGGGGACUGCCACAUAACUUUUCAUCCUACUUGUGCUAGAAACUCUGGUUUCUACAUGAACACAAAAGGGUUUGGUACUACGUCACAGCACAAAGCAUACUGUGCCAAACACAGCGCACAACAGAAGGAGGAUGAUGCGCAGCGAUAUGGACCUCAGGAGCUCAGGAACAUGAAACGGAUGAGGGUUGAAUUGGAAAAAUUGCGCCUCUUAUGUGAGAGGGUAAUUAAGAGAGAGAAGGUGAAGAGAGAGACGGUUUUGUGUGACCAUGACAUAAUUGCCAAAACAAAGGAUACUGUUGUUUUCUCCUACCUGGCAUGCGGAGCAAGUUCAGAAUCUGCCACUACUUCAGUUAAUAACAGAUCGUACAGUGGAACAGCACAAAGAUCUGAUGAUGUCACAGUAGAUAGUACUAUUUCUGGGAAGAAAACCAUAAGGUUUUCUCUGAAUAGCAGAGAUGCUGAGAGAAAUACAGCUGAUAGCUCCAGGACAUUGAUAUCAUUUAAACGCAAGUUGAGUGAGAGGGGCCUGCAUGCUGGUAAGCAACUUCCACAGAGACCAGCUAUUACCUCACAGAAACUAGAAGAUGGAGAAAAGAAGACAAAUGAUAAGAAGAGAGAAAUGUUUCAAAAGGAGCUUGUUAUGACAUCUGAUCAAGCUUCUACACAGAAUCAGCGCCUUCCUAAGGGUUAUGUUUAUGUUCCUCGAGAUUCUCUAUCUAAAGAGAGGCCCUGGAAUCGAAAUACACAGCCCCAUACUCCACAAGAGCCCGGUGGAUAGGAUCAGUUGUGAUCAAGCUGGUUAUUUUUCUUCAAGGAAGGCUAUAAAAAAUUUCGCAAGCUUGUUCUUUGCAACUGAAAACCACCAGCAGCAAGCAGGGCUGGCCAGUGCAAUUGCCACAAGGGUUUCAGCCAAAUAGUGAUCUUUUUGGACCCAAGUUGCAAAAUGGUGCAGACUGAAUUAUUGUGCGACCUUAUGGUGUGGCACCAUAACAAGAAGGCUGGCCCCAACAGGUAACUCGGAUGAUCAGCAAUAUGUGUGAAUUGACCUGCCUGGGCUACCAAAGAGAGCCUACCAACUGUAUAUAUAUGGGUUUUCAUUUCUGAUCACAGAUUUUGUAAAAUUGCCUGUACAUACUUUCCUUUCAGAUGCUAGUUUAGUUAUGCAGGGGAAGAAAAGGAAUUGCCAAUCCUUUUAGGUUGGACAAGAUAAGGAAAUUACAUUGGUCCAUAAGCUUGGUUCAGGACAAAAUGCAGUGGUGUUGACCCGCAACAUUGGAUGGACAGAAGCGUUUACUUGAUUGUUAGCUGUAGGGAUGGUAAAAGUGCCCAAAAUCAAGGUGCUGUUACUGCCGUUUGCAGACUAGGUGGUGGUAAGUAGUAUCGUACAGGCUUAGCUAUUUGGUAACUGGUGGCUUUCCGAGAGCCUUUUUGUUUUGGGGAAAUAGUGAUCUCUUUACUUAUUCCAAAGUUAACGGUUUUUUCUAUGUCAAGAUAGCAGCAAUGGGGAAAUUAACUUGUAAGUUCUUAGGUUAAGGUAUGAUAGUUGAUUUUUUAGAACUUAUAUAUGGGAUCCUGAUAUAUUUGAUCUGAGACAGGCGUUUUCUGCUUGCCGUCCAGAUUGUAACCUCUGGUUUAAGCAUAUUUAAAAUCAUCUGUUCAGAUUGCAGUGGUUCA